AUGGAUAUCCGAGACAUCUCAGGCCUGGACAACAUCGUAGCUGACGCACUAUCACGGAUGAACGACAUCACGUUGCCUGUCAUCGUCACGACAGAGGACAUAGCGGCAGAACAGCAGACGGACGAGGAGCUUAAAAGCCUCCUUAAAAAUUCAGGCGAACUGCAAUUAAAACGAUUACGAUUAGAAGGCACGGAAACCACAGUAUACUGCGACAUAUCAACGGACAGCAUCAGACCUUACAUUCCAAAACCCCUAAGGAAGAGGAUCUUCGAUGUCGUCCAUAAUACAACUCACUCCAGCGGCAGGGUGACUAGGAAGAACAUAGCGUCCAAAUUCGUGUGGCCGGCCAUGAACAAAGACAUCGGCGAAUGGGCUCGCACAUGCCUGCAAUGUCAACGGGCCAAAAUUAGCAGACAUGUUAGAAGGAAGCGGGAACACAUUAAAGUACCAGAAGACAGAUUCGCACACAUACACUUGGAUAUCGUAGGACCACUACCACCAUCACGAGGUUACCGUUACUGUCUAACAAUGAUCGACAGGUUUACCAGAUGGCCGGAGGCGGUUCCGAUUCUAGACAUCACCGUGGACACCAUCGCAAACGCAUUUUUCGGAUCCUGGGACACAACACACAACCGCGUACAGACCGCAAUCAAAUGUCACGAGACGACCGAUUGGGUAAAAGUCCUGCCCGUAGUGAUGUUGGGAUUGCGGAACGCGUUAAAAGAAGACAUCAGUACAUCUGCUGCCGAACUCGUGUACGGGACGCAGCUGAGAAUACCCGGCGAAUAUUUCAGCCAGGAGGAGCCAUCUCAGGACCCGUUUCCAUUCCUGGAAAAAUUACGACAGGCGAUGCGGGAAAUACGAUCACGACAAACAGCACACCACAACAGACCACGAACAUUCACACACAAGACUCUGUGCACAUGCACCCACGUCUUUUUACGUGUAAACAGCAUGCGGGGACCAUUGCACCAGCUGUACGAAGGUCCUUACGCUGUCAUAGAACGAAUUAGCGAUUUCUGUUUUAGGAUCGACAUCAGAGGACAACCAACAGACGUGUCCAUCGAUCGACUGAAACCAGCGUUCCUGGAGACUACCUCGGGCGAACCUCCACUAGCGACGUACGGGAGAACGGCCGCCACGAGCACCAACACCAUUCCCAAACCAAUCCAGGAAGCCGCACGGGGAAUUCGCAAAAAUGUAGUACAUCUUGUUGAAACAAAUGCAUUUAAAGAAAUUUCAACUAAAGUACCCAAAGAUAAACUCAAGGAUUAUGCACAAUUGACUGAGAGAUUACAGUUUUUACAAAUGGCGUUUUGUGUUGGAAACGAAAUAAUCCUAAUUCGAAUUUGGCGCGAAGCGCCCGAUCAGAAGGAGAAAGCGCUCGCGGUGUCGAGGACCGAUGGCGCAGCGUGCGCGUUAUCCAGCAACGCGGAAGCAGCGACCGUACGUGCGAAGCAGAUUCGUGGCAACGGUCCUGGCGAACAUGUCUACAAGAAAAGAUUGUCUCAGCGAAAGUGUUGGUCGAACCGCAAAGGUUGGUAG